GAGUAGGGGACGGCGAGGGCGAGGUGAGAAAAAGAGAGAACGCGAUGUGAGGAGCGGAGGAGGACAAGGCCGCGACAUCCAAAGAAGGCGAGGCGAUAAAAGAGAGAAAGACGACGCGAAGAACGAAUGAGGGCAAUGUCGAGAUAUCCGAGAAAUAUGAGGGCCGGUGAGAAAAGGUGGAGAAACGAUGCGGAAGAGUAGGAGACGGGGGGAGGAACGAAAGAGGACAAUGCGAGUAAAGAGGCAAGGGACGGAUAGAUGUUUCCCAAGGACGGGGGAGGGAGACAUCAGAACGAUCAAACAUUAACCCUAGGGAAUUACAAGAACAUCACGAGGACUGUAUAAAAUGGUUGAUGGUGUUUUUUUUUUCCAGUGUGGAAGAGAGAAAUUCGAGUCCGAAUGGUUUGUACCGCAUGGACGUGAGCUUCCUCGCCGGAGCAAUUUCUCUCCUCCGUUCGUCUUCGUCUCGCUCUUCACCGAAAUCUCGAGGAACCGACCAGAGGCCGAAUUGAGCAGCCUGCCAUUGUCUUCAUCUUGGGUUAGGGCGAAUGAACUGGGGCCUUCAUUGAGUUUGGAGUUUCAUUGGUCUGUGUCCUUUACUGGUUCUUGGUGAAAAUGAGCAUCAACAGAGACGAGGCGCUUAGGGCCAAAGACAUAGCCGAGGGAAUAAUGAAAAAGGCAGAUUUCACUGCAGCUCGUAGACUUGUGUUGAGGGCUCAAAAGCUAGACAGCAGCCUGGAGAACAUCUCUCACAUGAUGAUGGUGUGUGAUGUGCACUGUGUUGCUGCAGAGAAGCUGUCUGGUAAUGAGAUGGACUGGUAUGGCAUUCUUCAGGUUGAGCAAAAGGCAGAUGAUAUUUCGAUCAAGAAACAGUACAAGAAACUCGCAUUUCUGCUUCACCCCGACAAAAAUAAACUCCCGGGUGCAGAAGCUGCUUUUAAACUGAUUGGUGAGGCUCAGAGAAUACUCUUGGACAAAGAAAAAAGGUCACUCCAUGACAUGAAACGCAGAGUCAUGAACAGACCUGCACAAGCACCAGCACCGGCAUAUCGUCCGCAACAGGCCCCGACAUAUAACACUCAGCCUGUUUUCUGGACAAAUCAUAAUAAUGAGGACAACUUCACAGGAUUCAGACCUGAGAACCAGCAACAGAAGCAAAAAGCUCAAGCUCAACCGUCUGGUUUCUGUAGUAGAAGCUUUUGGACCGCAUGCCAGUUUUGUCAUAUGAAGUAUGAAUAUGCGAGAGCACAUAUCAACAAAAAUGUCACUUGUCUUAAUUGCAAAAGACAGUUUACAACUUAUGAAGUCCCUGGACAAGGUGCUCCCGGGGCCAAAAGCUCAUUGCAAACAACUUUCCGCUUUCCCCAACAGAACAGUGUUCCAACUCAAGGAACUUGCAAUGCUAGGCAGAAGCAUCCAGAGGAUUCUACGUUACAUUUUUUUAGAAAGGAGAGUUUCCCAAUGUCGGGAUGUACUGCGAAAGGCAUGGGCCAAGCAACUUAUGGUUUUCCCGAACAGAAAAAUUUUCCAAAUCAGAAUCCGUUCAAUGUAGAGCAGAAGCUUCCACAGACAUCCUCCUCGUAUUGCUCUGUAAAAGACAUACCUGUUUCUGGUUGUACUGUUAAGGUUGGUGCUGGGAACGUCAAUAGGAUUAGAAAGAGAAAGAAAGUAGUCGAAUCCAGUGAAAGUUCUGACAAUGAAAGUAGCAGUGAUUCUGAGGAAGAUAGAAUCGAGGAGAACGGUGAUGUUGUAGCUGGACAAGGUUUGGGGUCUGUUGGGGGACAGCAGCCUCGGAGAUCUGUGCGAAACAAGCGUCAGGUUUCGUAUAAUGAAAAUGUAAGCGACGAUGAUGGCAACUUUGAAAACCUCAAUCAAGAAGGAUCCAAGGAAAAUGGAGAUGCAGAAGGGAAAGAAGAGUCAGGAUCCCAAAAGCAAUCGUGUGAGAAGGAUGGUUCUUCUAGUGAAACCUUGCCAAAUGGUAAAAACAGGAGCAAGAAGUCGAAAGAAAAAGAAAAUUGCCAAGCGGGAGCUUCUGCGGGAAACUCCGAGUACCAUGAAGUUGAGAAAAUCUCCGUUUCUCGUGACUCUAAGAAGGGUUCAAGUUCGGAAAGUUUAGAAGAGCCAAAACUUCUGGAAUAUCCAGAUCCAGAUUUCAAUGACUUUGAUGCAUUGAGGAAAGAAGGAAACUUUGUGGUUGGCCAGAUCUGGGCUGUUUAUGAUACCCACGAUGGAAUGCCUCGGUUUUAUGCUUGCAUCAAAAAGGUUUUUACUUCCGGAUUUAAGCUUAGCAUCACAUGGCUUGAGGCAGAUCCGGAUGAUGACAAUGGAAUUUCAUGGGUUAAUGCACAGUUGCCUAUUACUGUUGGUAAGUUCAGUUGUGGGGCCACUGAAAACACGGUGGAUAGUCUCAUGUUCUCUCAUGUGCUUCACCACGUAGAACGAAACAAGAAGCCUCCUUCUUACAGGGUAUUACCUCGAAAAGGAGAGACAUGGUCUAUCUUCAAGAACUGGGAUAUCAGCUGGUCUGCUUACCCGAAUUCUCACCGUCAGUAUGAGUACAAAUUUGUCGAGGUCUUAUCAGAGUAUUCUGAAGCAGCCGGUGUAUCUGUUGCACUACUGUAUAAAUUGAAAGGAUUUUCGUGUGUUUUCUGUCGGGCGGAGAAGAGCGGAUCAGACGUACUUCAGAUUCUACCUCAUGAAUUGUAUCGAUUCUCUCACAGUGUUCCAUCAUUCAGAUUGACGGGGAAAGAAAGGAAAGGGGUGCCGGAAGGUUCUUAUGAGCUCGACCCGGCUGCGUUACCGCUAAAUACUGAAGGGAUAUCUGUUUCCGUCCCUUCAAAUGCACCAGCAGCGCCAGUGGAGUCAAAACAGACACCAACAACACUGGAUAAUCGGCCUUCAGCUUCAAACUCAGACUGUAUCGUCUUUCCUAAAACCCGUUUCAAAAAUUUUGAAGCUGAUAAAUUAAAGGGAAAGUUCAAAGUCGGCCAGACAUGGUCAUUGUACAGCAAAGAAGAUGGCUUCCCCAAAUACUACGCCAAGAUUGAGAAAGUUUCCUUGCGCAAACUGCAGAUAUGCUGGCUGGAGUCAAAAUCAUUACCGGCAAAAGUCAAGGAGUGGCGUGACAGAAAAAUGCCCAUCUGCUGCGGCACUUUCAGAUUAAAGACCCCUUUACACACUCUUACCGAUGUCUCUGCUCUCUCGCAUCAGAUAGAAUCGGGGAAAGGAAUCGAGAUCACUAUCAUCCCGAAGAACGGACAAGUAUGGGCGAUGUACAGGAAAUGGAGUGACCGUAUCAAGGUGUCGGACUUGAAGGAGUGGGAAUAUGACGUUGUGGAAGUGCUCGAUGUGAACGAGACUGAGAUUGAGGUUAUGCUGUUGGAACGUGUAAAGGGGUUCGAUACGGUAUUCAAGGAAGCAGUGGAGAGAGGAGAUGGUGAGGUGAGAAAGACGUUUCCGAUAUCGGAGCUCCUGAGGUUCUCGCAUCAAGUGCCGGAGCACAGGUUAACGGAGGAGAGAUGCGGUUCUCUGAGAGGAGGAAUCGAGCUCGAUCCGAAGGCCUUGCCCAGAAACUUGUUCAGUUCACGAUGAUGAUGGUGAUUCUUUUGUCGGCCAAAGGAUAGUUCUUUUCGGGUUUAGAUUAAGAUGUGAAUUUUCGCCAUAAUAUGUCUCUGGGUUGAAUUUAUGGAAUCGAGUUGCAUGAA